GACGGAAUAAUAAAAUAGAGGAUACCAUGAUUUGCUGGCUCAGAAGAUCGGUGAUCCAUAAAGCCCAGGCCAGCUAGCUGCCCAAGGAUUCGCACCACUGAAUAUAUAGUCCGCACUAAAAGCUAAAAUGAAAAUUAUAUUGGAAAAAUUUACAAAAUAUAUCAAACAGACAAAGCAUUUCUUAUCCAGAAGAAGAAACACGGCGAGUGCGAGUGAUAAAGCGCUUACGUAGCAGGAAUGGCGACCAUACCAUCUUCGUCUCUGCAACUCACUAACACUUUCCCACUCGCGUCAGCACCAUCCAAACCUCAUGCGACCAAACCUUUUCACUCCUUCACCACCCGAGCCGUAGAUCCACAAACGCCCCCAUCCGAGCCGGAACCCGAAGAGCCCUCCAAGUCUGGAGCGGACCCCGAAUCGGACUCCUUCGAGAACCGCCUCUCACAGGUCCGCCUCCGUUACCGGAGGGGUACGGGGAAGAAAGCGGAGCUCCGAAAGGGAAGAAAAUCCAAGAAGCCGGGAGGGUCAUCGGGAACGGGAUUGUACCUGCCACCAGUGCCGCUGAAAGAGCCGGUGUCGGGGGGAUUGAAAGUAGAUCUCGGGUUCAGUCCAUACAGCGAGAGGAUAAACGGACGCAUCGCCCUUCUGGGGCUAUCGGCUUUGCUGUUGGUGGAGCUGGCCACGGGUAAGAGCGUGAUAAAUUAUCACACGCCGUCGAUUAUUCUAAUUCAGAUAUAUUUCGUGGCGGCGGUUGGGGCUUUGUACGUUAAAUACGAGAAAGAGAGUGUCAGCGUUUGGCCCCAAUCUCCAUCUCCAAAGGAUUGAAAAUCUUUUUUUUUUUUGUAAUAAAUAUAUUUCAUUGAAUAUUUCCGAGUGCGUUUAUUAAAUUA